UGCCCGGCCUGGCCAGGGCCUGCGUCAGCAGCCUCGCGGCGGCAGGGCGCACUUCCCCGGUCCCGGCGGGGUGGGGACGGCAGCGGGCAACUUGGAAAACUUCUCCGGGACAGACGGCAGUGACGCUGGGCGCCGGUGCAAGAGGAUGUAGAAGGGCAGUGGCCAGCCUCGGGCGUCCCUCGACCUCCUGGCCCCUUUCGGCCUGGCCAUGGGGCUCCAGCACCUUCAGCGCAGCCAGGGAGGCGAUCCCCUCGUCUAGCCGACUUGGGUGGGACAGCGCUGUCACCGGCUGUGCACGCGCAGGGAGAGCAGCGCCCCCUCUGGCCGAGUCCGGCCCCGCCAUGGACCACCAGGAGCCCUACUCCGUGCAGGCCACUGCGGCAAUCGCGGCGGUCAUCACCUUCCUCAUCCUCUUCACCAUCUUCGGCAACGCGCUGGUUAUCUUGGCUGUGCUGACAAGUCGCUCGCUGCGCGCCCCGCAGAACCUGUUCCUAGUGUCGCUGGCCGCCGCCGACAUCCUGGUGGCCACGCUCAUCAUCCCUUUCUCGCUGGCCAACGAGCUGCUGGGCUACUGGUACUUCCGGCGCACCUGGUGCGAGGUGUACCUGGCGCUUGAUGUGCUCUUCUGCACCUCCUCCAUCGUGCACCUGUGUGCCAUCAGCCUGGACCGCUACUGGGCCGUGAGCCGUGCGCUGGAGUACAAUUCCAAGCGCACCCCGCGCCGCAUCAAGUGCAUCAUCCUCACCGUGUGGCUCAUCGCGGCUGUCAUCUCGCUGCCGCCCCUCAUCUACAAGGGCGACCAGAGUCCCCAGCCCCGCGGGCGCCCUCAAUGCAAGCUCAACCAGGAGGCCUGGUACAUCCUGGCCUCCAGUAUUGGCUCUUUCUUUGCACCCUGUCUUAUCAUGAUCCUUGUCUACCUGCGCAUUUACCUGAUCGCCAAGCGCAGCCACCGCAGAGGUCCCAGGGCCAAGGGGGGCCCUGGGAAGGGUGACUCUAAGCAGCCCUGCCGCAUCCCUGGGGAAGUUUCAGCCUCAGGCAAACUGCCCACCCUGGUCUCUCAACUGGCUACUGCUGGAGAGGCAAACGGACGCCCUCAUCCCACUGGGGAGAAGGAUGAGGGGGAGACCCCUGAAGUCCCUGGAACCCCCGCCUUGCCACCCAACUGGCCUGCCCUUCCCAAUUCAGGCCAGGGUCAGAAGGAAGGUGUUUGUGGGACGUCUCCAGAGGAGGAGGCUGCAGAGGAGGAGGAGGAGGAGGAAGAGUGUGAGCCUCAGGCCUUGCCAGCAUCUCCUGCCUCAGCUUGCAGCCCACCCUUGCAGCAGCCACAGGUUUCCCGGGUGCUGGCGACCCUGCGUGGCCAGGUACUCCUGGGCAGGGGCGUGGGCACCUCGCGGGGGCAGUGGUGGCGGCGACGGGCGCAGCUGACCCGGGAGAAGCGGUUCACGUUUGUGCUGGCCGUGGUCAUCGGCGUCUUCGUGCUCUGCUGGUUCCCCUUCUUCUUCAGCUACAGCCUGGGGGCCAUCUGCCCCGAGCACUGCAAGGUGCCCCGCGGCCUCUUCCAGUUCUUCUUCUGGAUCGGCUACUGCAACAGCUCGCUGAACCCUGUCAUCUACACCAUCUUCAACCAGGACUUCCGCCGUGCCUUCCGAAGAAUCCUUUGCCGCCAGUGGACCCAGACGGCCUGGUGAGCCCGCCUGCCCACUGCCCGUGUGGGGUUGGUGCCAGGUGGGGCCCGGGCCACCCUGCUUCUCGCCCUGUUUUAUGUGGCCACCUCCCUGGGGCUUUCUGGUCCCUACCCAGGUCCUGCAGGCCCCAUCUUGGGAUGGGAGGGCAGGGGUGCUGUUCACAGGGGUCUGUUUGAAGCCUCCCCUUGCUGGCUUGGCUGUGGGGUGCCAUCUUCUCCACCCCCUGCCUAAGCACAGGGUGAGGCUUGGACCUUCCUGAGCGUAGCCGAAGCCAGGCUCCCUCCCAGAACCCCAGAGCCCUGCAAGCCGAAGGUGGGCCUCCCUUCCUGGAGGACCCUGUGUUUCUGGUCGAUCACUUGCUUGUGGUGUUUUGCUUUCCUUGUCUUCCCCUGGAAAAGAGCAGGAAGCCAGCCCUCCACUUUCCCAAGGAGGGUCUGCCGCUGCCGAAGGGACAGAAAUGAUGAUAUGCCUCCACAUUGGGUGCCCGAGGUCUCCAUCAGGCCCUCGGUGGGGGUUCAUGGGCUGGCACUGUCUCUGGCCUGUCUUCCCUUCCCUCUGCUUUUGGAUUUGUAACUCCUUUAAAGGCCAGAAUCAUGGAUCAUUUUCCUCACCCGGCGCCCCUCUGGGAGGCGGGUGGGCGUGUGGAUGCCUCAGCGGGGCGGUCUGGAGGCCUGGCCUCUGCCUCUACGGGAGAGCCCUGAUCACUAGCAUUCACCCCUGCAAAAACCGGGGCGACAAUAUCUUACCGCCUACUUGCCACAGGGAGAUGAGAGGCUUGGCAGAAAGCUUUGAGCUCCAUGGGGGAACGCACCAGAGAACCAGAAAAUGUGAUUAUUUCGUGAUAUAAAAAUCCCCCUUUUCUGUGUUUGUCACCACCUGUCUUCCUGUAGACUUUUGUUCUGUGCCCGGGGUGUGUGAAUUCCUACCCCAAACUGGAAGUGGGGAGUGGCAGACAGGACCACAAUUUCAGUUAAAGGAUUUCUUUGAGAAUGUAUUCUUACACCUGCAAAAGGUUCAAUUAUUAUGCUGCAUGACAACUUUUUGACAUUUCAUCUGCAACACUAAGAGGGUUUUCACUGGCUUGGGCCCCUCAAAGUGGCGAAGUCUUUUGUCAUCAAGCAGGCAAAUUAUUUCCCCAAGAUAGCUAAAAAUACACAGCCAAUGGGAACAGUCUGAGAUGAGAGCCUGUGGCAGGUGCUGGGGCUGGAGAAGGUGAGCAGGGGCCCCGUGCGUUCUUGCGGAGCCACCCAUAGGCGUGCCCUGGCAGGGCUCCACGCACCCAAUAGGUCCCUGUGAUGCAUAACUGAUCCCACCCUGGGUGCCGUCUGACCAUCGCAGACCCAGUAGCGAUGCUCCACCUCACUGACGGGGCUCCUUUGGGCCUCUCCCUCCUGGUCCUCUCCCUCACCCGGGAACUGGCAUCCAGGAUAGUCAGGAGUACAUGAAGGAUGUUCCCCCGUCUUCCUGGUGGGAGUGUCUGGCUUCAGCUUGCAGCCAGCAGGCAUCUUAUCUUGGGGGUGGGGCUGAGCGGCCCAGGCACUGGUGACACUCUGAUGGGCCUGGCUCUAUUUGGAGGGGUGUUGAGGGAGUUUUCUGGGCUUGGAGAGAAUGGAGGGGACCAAAGAGAGUCCCCCCUGGGGAGGGGGGCUGUUGGGCUCUUUUCUUGGUCUCAAUGUGUGGCCAGGGUAUUGCCUUGAGGCAGGGCUGGGGAGGCUGGGCUCAGGGGAGGGGCUGACUCGUUAAACUGCCGCCUGGUCUUGUGUGUGCCCCAUGUCACCUCUGCUAUUGUUGCCUGUGGUUCCCUUGUGAUAUGCAGGGUUUUUUUUUUAAAGUCUGAGCUAUUUUAUCAAUAAAGGAUAUUUUGUAAUAAGCAA